CGGCCACUUGCUACAGCUGGCAACUGAAUCGACGAGAGGUCAAAUGCCAUGUAUUGCUGUUAUUUACAUGUACUUGAUGACGCAAAAAGAAAUCGCUCGGAGAGAUGAUAGGCAUGUUUUGUCGGAAAACAUGGUUCACCUAUACAGAAAAGGAAGGUUCUGCACGUGUACCGUGCUUAUUAGUCAAAAUACUAGCCUCAAGUUUAUGCCCCAAGAUCGUUGUAAAAUUCCUUCGGCAAACGAUCACAUUCAGAGCCUACUACACGUACCUAAGUAAUACCAAAAGUCGCAUCUAGCCACGCAAAAGUGUUUGUAUCCUCCGUUGGGCUGCAACAAAGUACAUGUUAAGCAUCAACCUGCCAGUCAUAAUACAUGUUUUUACUUUCUCGUUGACGAAGUACAUUGCUGCAAGCCUCUACUCGCCUCUGCCACUGCUAGGCUCAGUGCGGAAAGGGUUAAUUCAAUCCGAGAGGAGAACGCUAAUGUCGUCGUGUGUUACCACCGAUUACUACAUGACCCUUGUGUAAGUAUAAUAACGGUGUGCGGCCAAACUAGUACAUUAUGUCGUCUUCAUUGCGCCGCGAAUUGAACGGCACCGCGGAUGGGGACGUACUGCAACCACACCAUAACCAGCCAACGGUAUCGCGCAAAAGUGCCCUAAACGUAGCCCCAGGAAACGAUGGGGAGCUGUUUAGUAACAUGAUGAUGGAGGCUGAUUUUAGCAUCAGAAAGCGACGUGUCUGGGCCCCGGAGGAGCAGAGUUCGCUUGCCUCGAGCGAAGACAUCGAUCUUCUAGAUGAUGACGACGACGAGCUGGAAGAGGAGGAGGACGAUGGUGUCGGUUGUCCGUUGCCCUCGACCCCGGAAGACAACCAGUUGCUCGAGGCGGAAAUGACGGAAGUCCUGAAAGCCGGUGUCCUAUCCGAUGAGAUCGAUUUGGGUGCCCUCGCGCACAACGCGGCCGAACAGGCGGAAGAGUUCGUGCGCAAGGUGUGGGAAGCCUCGUGGAAGGUGUGUCACUUCAAGAAUCUGCCCGCUUGGCUGCAGGACAACGACUUCCUCCACAAAGGCCACCGGCCACCGUUGCCCUCGUUUAGCGCCUGCUUCAAGUCGAUUUUCCGCAUCCACACCGAAACCGGUAACAUUUGGACGCACCUGCUCGGUUGCGUUAUGUUUAUCGGUGUUGCAACCUACUUUUUGACCCGGCCGUCGUUCGAAAUUCAACUACAGGAGAAGCUCAUCUUUCUUACCUUCUUCAUCGGCGCCAUUAUCUGUCUAGGAUUUUCAUUCGCCUUCCACACGCUCUGCUGCCAUUCCGAGAUGGUUGGCAAGUUGUUUUCGAAACUGGAUUACUGCGGAAUCGCUUUGCUAAUUAUGGGCUCCUUCGUACCGUGGCUCUAUUAUGGUUUCUAUUGUCACUAUAAGCACAAGCUGAUCUACCUGACGGUUGUCAUUGUGCUAGGCAUCACCUCGAUCAUCACCUCCCUAUGGGACAAAUUUUCGCAGCCCAAUCUUCGGCCGCUACGUGCAGGUGUCUUCAUGAGCUUCGGACUUUCCGGCAUCAUUCCGGCGAUACACUACGUGCUCAUGGAGGGGUGGGUGAGCAAAAUCUCGCAAGCCAGCCUUGGAUGGUUGAUUCUAAUGGGAUUGCUGUACAUUCUCGGUGCUCUGUUUUACGCACUGCGUGUCCCCGAGCGCUGGUUCCCCGGAAAGUGUGAUCUUUGGUUCCAAUCACACCAGAUCUUCCACGUGCUCGUUCUUGUUGCUGCCUUCGUACACUACCAUGGUAUUAGCGAAAUGGCGAUGUAUCGUGUGACGGUGGGCGAGUGUGACAUUCCGCACCAGCAUCCAGCGAUUAGCUUUUAAACCACGGCCCGAUGUUUCUUCUUUUCUCGGGUGGUUUUCUGCGUCGCUCCCUGAAUGCACACGGAUCGAAAAAAUGUUCGCAUAGUUUGGGUGCAUCUUGCCCCGUCUGUAGGCAACACAACGGAGACAGCAAAUGCGGCAUAAACGAGCUGCUCGAGAGAAAACUAUAUUGUUGCUUAAUUUAUUGUCUCAAUUAUGAUCGGUUAUACUUGUUCUACUUCUUUUUUUAUCAUCAAUUCACUAUACCCUUCAUAAGGUUUUUCAACAACACGGCUGUCCGGGAUUAAAUAACUGCUACUAUUCAAUCAAUAAUGAACUACGCCGACAUAUCAAUCAAUUUUUAAUUGAAGCACGUAUAUCCGGCUAGUAGUUUUACACUGACAGACGAGAAAAAAAACCAUUUCCUUAACUCCCAGCUGCAUUGCGCACUCGUGAAUUAUUGUUCAUUUUAUUGUUUGGUAGCAGGUAGAGUAUCUGGAGACACUGCUGUCACCUAGUAUUUCAAUAUAAUCCAAAAUAUAGAAUACACCUUUAUAGAGGAACCACCAUAAGCAAUGCGCCCGCCUAUGGUUUAAUUUUUCCAUGUUUUGAUUUUGGUAAAACCUAUAUUAUCGACAUCAUACCCCAAUUGGAUCGGUUUUCCAGAAAACUAAUAAGCUCUCAUCACAUGGCUCUGGAAAGCGUCAGUUGACUUAAUUGGUCCCGAUGGCACGAUUGUACGUGCGGGGCUUGAGGAUUUGUAUGUCUAUCGACACAGAACACCUCCGUGCAAAAUAACUCCGCACCACACACUGUGUCACAGUAAUUCUACGAUUUCACAAUACCAUUUUCAUACACUGAAACCGUUCGAUUCAGCAUGUGUAGUACUUGGGUGAAAAAAGAGAAAAGAAAAACGCACGUCAUUUUCCGACCCCGUAGGACCCAACUGAUAAGUUUCAAUUUCAAUUCGACAAAUUAUACGUACGAAAUUAUAAAAAAAAACAAUAGCGAUCUGAAGAAAUUGCUAGUGGUGGCGUCGUUGAAAGC